UCAUUCGACACUAUUCAGAUUGCGCGCUUACGGUCGAAAGGAGGGUUAGGGUCAUCGACAAUCUUUCGUACGGUCGCAGCACGAGAGGACGAAGAUGGCAAAAUUGGCCGUACGGAUUAGCAAGUGUGCGGUUAAAACAUUUGUCUCACACGGCAGAAACAAUCUAUUCGGCGCGGUUUCAACGAGAACGUCGCUUCUCACCGCAGUGCGUUCCAUAACCGCAACUCGAUACUUGGGAAUUGAACGAUGGUACACUGAUAAGCACGAAUGGAUAACAGUGGAUGGUAAAGUGGGCACAGUCGGUAUAUCAAAUUACGCGCAAGAGGCACUCGGAGACGUGGUUUAUGCGCAACUUCCCGACGUAGGAUCUGUAAUUAAAAAAGGAGAGGAAUGUGGUGCGCUGGAAUCAGUGAAGGCGGCUUCGGAAUUGAUAAGCCCGGUCAGUGGAAAAGUUAUAGAGAAAAAUGAAUUGAUUGAAAGUAAACCCUCCUUAAUUAAUACAUCUUGUUAUAAGGACGGUUGGUUGUUUAAGGUAGAAUUAAGCGAACUAGACGAAGUCAAGAGUCUGAUGAACGAAGAGAGUUACAAUAAGUUCCUAACAGAAACAGACGCGCAUUAAACUCUGAUCUCAUAUCUACUGAUGUACGUCUGAGCCGAAUUAACAAUUAUGCAUUAGAGGUUGCAUUUAAAAAAUAUUACUCGUGGUUACAGUCACGUCUUCAAAGUUGAGAAAUGAUAACAAUUACGUAGUACAAUUACGCAGAAGUAGUUAAUUUUUUAAACAUAAUGGUUAAAGACUGUUUCACAAGGCAGUUCGUUGUAGUGGUUUGUUGUAUUGGCAUAAUUUAAUCAGUACUGUAGGUAAAAUAAAUAACAGUACAAGCAAUUCUCGAUUCGGAUCACGGAUAGAGAUAGAGUAUAUUCCUAACCGAAUAUACUUUCUAUGUUACAAUUUUUACACCAACACCACAAUUUAUACGAAGUUCACACUACAUACAUCAUUAUAUUCAUUAUAAAUAUAUCACGUCGCGUGGAAAGGGUAACAUUAUGAGAUUAAUGUUAAUAUUUGUCAACAUCUUGAUCAUCACGAGUUGAUUAUACAACUGAUUUUACAUACUUAUUGUUUAAUUCAGUUGAAAUUAACAUAUGCAACGCUAAUUGUGUGUUAAGUAAUAAGAAAAAUAAAUAUACAUCAACUAUUACCAUUUGAUAUUUUUCUAGUGCAACACAUAUGGCUUUACACCGUAUUAAGGUUCAUGUUAUACUGUUGUAUGUUACUAAUUAGUCACUUUAAAUUAAUAUAUAAUUUACGCUGCAACAUCACAUGUAUGAGAUUAUAAUGUAAAAAUUCGAAAUGUGUGAAGAUGUUUGUCAUAUGAAAAAAUGAUAGAUGAUUGCGAUAGUUGCGAUAUCUUUAUUAGUCACUGUGCAAUGUUUGUCGUCUCGUAUUUAUACAAAGCAAAAACAAAUAUACAAGUUGUUUGAUACAUGAAUAACAGCAUUCGAGUUACGAAUUAUGAUCAUUUUCUUGUUCAGUGUGCACGAAGGCAUUGAAAUUUUGUAAUAGUUGUACAUUCUAAGUGGCUGAAUUAAUCGUAAAAUCUCUACCUUUAAAUCUCGCAAAAUGGCAUACUGAUUGAUCCUAUAUCCUACAGUUUUUCAACUUUUUUCUCGAAAAUUUUAACUCUUACAGUUUCACAAUCUGGUAACGAUCUUUAAUAUCGAAUUUGAAUAAGGGAAAUACUAUCGUCUCGCGCGCCGUAUGGGGUUUUCAACCAUAUAUAAUAUAAAAAAAUAGCAUUAACUCUAAAAAGGAACAGUUAUCUGUUAAUAUAAUAAAGAUAUAUUUACAGU